UCCGUUAGCUUCUCCCAUUAUCCGUACUCCUUUCCCCCCUUCUGCUCGAACUUGCUUUCUUCUACCGUUAAUAUACAAUUUUCAAGAAUCGACAGUAGCAACAACACCUUCUUUCAUGGCUGCCUUGAAAAACUACCAAAAUCCUCUCUGUCUUAUCCAUUUCCAUCACCCUUCUUCUUCUUCUUCUUCGCCAUCACGUAAAUCCAUCCGCCUUCAAAGCCUUCAUCUCACUCCAGAAAGCAAGCUUCUCGUCAUCAGACUCUCAAAGAAAGCUAGGGUUCCACAAUCUAUCGGCCAUGCGGAAGUAAACCGCUCGAUCCGCUGCUUUUGCCAGCAGAUUCAAGCAAAUGGACAGGAAUCCAUAGUAGCAGAGGGCGAACGUCCUCCAUUCGAUCUCAAUCUCGCCGUCGUUCUCGCCGGGUUCGCCUUUGAAGCAUAUUCAAGCCCGUCGAAAGAUGUAGGUAAGCGCGAAAUAGAUGCAGCAGAUUGCCAGACAGUUUUUCUUUCAGAGUUGUUUGUGCGUGAAGUGUAUGAUGGACAGUUGUUUAUAAAGUUGAAAAAAGGCUUUGAUUUCCCUGCCAUGGAUCCAUGGGGAACAAGUGAUCCAUACGUCGUCAUACAAUUUGAUGGGCAGGUUGCAAAAAGCAAGAUCAAAUGGGCGACAAAAGAGCCAAUAUGGAAUGAGGAUUUCACUAUAAACAUCAAGAAACCCCCUAUGAAAAAUUUACAGGUUGCUGCUUGGGAUGCAAACCUUGUAACCCCACACAAACGCAUGGGUAAUGCAGUAGUUAAUCUGGAAUCCUUUUGUGAUGGAAACUCUCACGAGGUGCUAGUGGAAUUGGAGGGCAUGGGAGGUGGUGGAAAGGUCCAUUUAGAGCAGGUCAUGUACAAAAGCUUCGAGGACAUUGAUAAAGAGAAACAAUGGUGGAGAAUACCUAUUGUCUCGGAGUUUCUUAUGAAGAACAGUUUUGCAUCUGCCUUGAAAAAGGUUCUUGGUUCUGAUAGUGUACAAGCCAGUGAGUUUGUGCAGUUUGCAUUUGGGCAGUUAAGAUCAUUGAAUUAUGCAUACUUUCAAAGUGAUCGGUUCUCCAAUGGUGAUAGCCAUGACAUGGAAGGCUCUGGAAAAUCUGUAAAUCCCAUUGGUGAUUUGUCAAAUCAGUCUUCACUGCAGGAGAGUAGAUCUGAAGAUUCUGUAGAUAAAUUGAGCUUUGAGAAAGAUAAUAAUCCACUGAAGUUUGGUGUUGAUACUGAUGUUAGAGAUAAUGGGAGUAACUCUUUGUUGAAGAUGAAAAGUGACGAUUCUAUGGAAUCAGAUGCAUAUUUUUGGAAAAACUUAGCUGAUGUUAUCAAUCAAGCUGUUGUCCAGAAGCUGGGUUUUUCUGUUCCAGAGAAAAUUAAGUGGGAUGGAUUUGAGUUAUUAAAGAACAUGAGUUCGGUGGCCAGGACGAUUGCGGAGGCACAGUAUGUUGAAUCAGGACUUGCAAGUCCAAAAGUUAAGGACAAUGAUGAUGCCACAAGUGACUUGCAAUCUACUGUGAACAGGCAUCACUCUUCAUUACCAGAUAUUAAGACGGCAUCGUUGGAUUUGUUAAGGCAGACAGAUGCUAUUUUUGGAGCACUGAUGGUCCUGGCUGCAACAUUUUCUCAACAAAAAAAGGAAGCGUAUUCAAUGGAAAAGAAUGGGAGUAAAAGAGAUGCUUCUAUCAUGGUGGAUGUGAGUACAGGGUAUUCAACUAAUGAAAAUGUGGAUUCAUCUCUUGAGAGAUCAGCGCUAGAUCAGAAAAAAGCAGAGGAGAUGAAGGAAUUGUUCAUAACUGCAGAGAGUGCCAUGGAGGCUUGGGCUAUGCUUGCCACUUCAUUGGGCCGUCCAAGUUUCAUUAAAUCUGAAUUUGAGAAGAUAUGUUUUCUAGAUAAUCCGUCCACUGAUACACAGGUGGCCAUCUGGCGUGAUUCUCUUCGGAAAAGAUUAGUUGUUGCUUUCAGGGGAACUGAACAAUCAAGAUGGAAGGAUUUGCGAACAGAUUUAAUGCUAGCUCCAGCUGGGCUAAACCCUGAGAGGAUAGGUGGUGACUUUAAUCAAGAAGUUCAGGUUCACAGUGGGUUUUUGAGCGCAUAUGAUUCAGUCAUGAAUAGAAUAAUGUCUCUCAUCAAAAUUUCAAUAGGUUUUGUAGAUGAUGGUUUGGAAACUAUGCCCAAGUGGCAUGUUUAUGUGACUGGUCAUAGUUUAGGUGGUGCACUGGCGACCCUUCUUGCUCUUGAGCUUUCAUCGAGUCAAAUGGCAAAGUGCGGUGCAAUUUCUGUUACCAUGUAUAACUUUGGUUCUCCCAGGGUCGGGAAUAAAAGAUUUGCAGAAGUAUAUAAUGAGAAAGUCAAAGAUAGCUGGAGAAUUGUGAAUCACAGAGAUAUUAUCCCAACAGUCCCACGGCUGAUGGGAUAUUGCCACGUGGCUCAGCCUGUUUAUCUUGCUGCUGGAGAUUUAGAGGAUGCUUUGGAAAAUAUGGAACUUCUAGGAGACGGCUAUCAAGGCGAUCUAAUUGGGGAGUACACACCUGAUGUUCUUGUCAGCGAGUUUAUGAAAGGAGAGAAGGAACUUGUUGAAAAGAUUUUGCAAGCUGAGAUAAAUCUCUUCCGUUCAAUCAGAGAUGGGACUGCACUUAUGCAGCAUAUGGAAGACUUCUACUAUAUCACACUAUUAGAGAUAUUGUUUUCAGGAAUUCUUGUGAUUGCUUGGCUGAGUUCAGUGACAGGCUGUCUACCCGACAUUAACCCUGACAUCGGUUUGGGACUGGCUAGCAAAUCAUACCAGACAGUUUAUAAUAAUCGAUUUUGGGACUGGCUAGUAAAUCAUAACUUUACAUGGGAUUGGGACUGGCUAGCAAAUCAUACCAAACAAAGUUUAUAAUAAUCCAUUUUAGGAUAAAUUCAUCAAUGGCGGCAUGAUUAUGUUCUGAGAUGCAUGGUUAUGAAAUAUGCAUUAGAUGUGAGUCAUGUAACUGUCUUCUUGAAGCACCUUUCCAAAUUUCAUGCCCCCGUUUAGCCUUCAGCACUUUAUUUAAAGUGGCAGAUAUAUUUGGUUGUGCUGUCCCUACCCUGUCGAUAAAUUACUAUUCCGGCAUCAUCUUAUAAUAGAGUUGACUAUGAGAGCAAUUGCUAGAUGAUUGGGUAAAAGAGAGUAUAAACUCCUGCCUUAGAAACAAAAGAAAGCUUUUUGUAUACACCAAUCGGUUAAACAAAGGCAGCCUUUUUAUCCAAAAUAUAUUGUUAAGAUAUUUAGGGGGCGUUUGGAUUGUUAGUUACUUACGAUAAGCUACUUAUCCUCAAGUAGCUUAUCUUGGUUUCUACUUAUUAAGCUGAAGUGAUUAAGUACCUUUAAGUAAAAAAAGUUCGUAUAAUUGAUCUUAAACCAAACUUCUCUACUGCUGUAAGUAGAAAAAGUAACUUAUUUGGUGGUAUCCAAACGGGCCCUUAAUUAAACAUAUCUGGGUCAAUCUGCAUAAAAAGUGCCGACUUAUGAAAUGGGGAUCAGGUAUUCACAUGUUUGCAAUGUAAACAAGCAUGUAGACAUAAAAUCAUGUUUUAUUUAUUUCAUUGGCAUCAAAUUUCCUUG